UCUCCCCCCUGCCCACAGGCAGACACGGAGAGAUCGAAGCAGAGUGGAGGCUCCAUACGCCGUCCGCCAACAGGAGCAAGCUCUCUAGAAUGGCGGUGCUGCUGCGCCCGGCGGCGAUCGCCGGCGGCCGGCAGGUGUGGCCGGUGGCGGAGGAGCAGGCCGACGCCGCGGCGGCGGCCUCCCAGCGGCUCGUGGAGGCGGUGGCGCGCGGCGACUCGAGGGAGGCGGGCGAGCUGCUCGCGUCCGGGCGCGCCGACGUGAACUACGCCGGGGUGGUGUGGCUCGACGCGCGGCGGGUGGCGGAGGCGGCGCUGCGGGAGGGCGCCGCCGCCGAGCUGCGCGCGUCGCGCGAGGAGAUCCGCGCCGACGUCUCCCCGCUCUUCCUCGCCGCCGGCAAUGGGGACGUCGCGCUCGUCCGCGCGCUGCUCGCAAAGGGGGCGGACGUGAACGGGAAGGUGUUCCGUGGGUACCCGGCGACGGCAGCGGCGCGGGAGGGGCGCGCGGAGGUGGCGGAGCUGCUGGUGCGGGCCGGUGCGUCGCAGCCGGCCUGCGAGGAGGCCAUCGUGGAGGCGGCGCUGCAGGGGCAGGCUGCCCUGGCGGCCAUCUUCAUGCGCUCCGACCUCGUCCGCCCGCGCGUCGCCGUGCACGCGCUCGUGUCUGCUGCUACUCGCGGCUUCGUCGACGUGGUCGACACGCUCGUCAAGUGUGGGGCUGAUCCAAACGCGACCUCCCGGGUGCUUCUGCGUUCUCUCAAGCCAUCACUGCACCUCAACGUCGACUGCACAGCGCUCUUUGCCGCGAUCGUGAGCCGGCAAGUCGCCGUGGUUCGUCAGCUACUUCAGGCUGGUGUGAAGAGGGACACCAAGGUGAGGCUUGGAGCGUGGUCCUGGGACGCGGCCACCGGGGAAGAGCUGCGCGUCGGCGCGGGUCUCGCGGAGCCCUACGAUGCGGCCUGGUGCGCCGUGGAGUACUACGAGUCCACCGGCUCCAUCCUCCGCAUGCUCCUGCAGAACGGGUACUCGUCGGGCGCCACGCACCUUGGCCGGACGCUGCUCCACCACGCCAUCCUCUGCGGCAGCGUCGGCGCCGUCGAGACGCUGCUGGCUUCUGGCGCGGAAUGCGAAGCUCCCGUGAGGACGUCCCGCAGCGGCAGGUUCAGGCCUGUUCACUUGGCCGCGCGCCUCGGCCAGCCGGAGAUCCUGCAGACGCUCACGGACAAGGGCUGCGACGUCAACGCCAGGGCUGAGGCUGGCGAUGUCGCCAUCAUCCUGGCUGCGCGCCACAAGCAAGAGGACUGCCUCAGGGUUCUCGUGUCAGCCGGAGCGGACGUCGCGCUGUUGAACUUGGCAGGCGAGUCCGCGGCUUCCGUCGCCUCUUCGGGCGGCUGGAAGGCGGGCUUCGAACGCGCCGUUCUUGGCGCGAUUCGGUCCGGAACCAUCCCUCUGUCCAGCGAUCGGCACGUGUUCUCGCCCAUGAUGUUCACGGCACGAUGCGGCGAUGCCGCCGCGCUGGAGGUGCUGCUCGCCCAGCCCGGCGUGGACGUGGACGAGCAGGACGCUGACGGGUGCUCGCCCAUAAUGGCCGCCGCCAAGGAGGGCAACGUUGACGCCUUCCGCGCCCUCGUCUUCGCCGGCGCCAACGUGAGGCUGUGCAACAAGCGUGGCGAGACGGCUAUCGGGCUCGCGCAGCAGAGCAAGAAGAGGGACCUCUUCGAGCAGGUCAUGCUGGAGUUCGCGCUGGAGAAGGGCAUGCCGGCAGGCGGGUUCUACGCCCUGCACUGCGCGUCCCGGCGCGGCGACAGCGCGGCCGUGCAUCACCUGGCGAGCACGGGCUACGACGUCAACAUGCCGGACGGCGACGGCUACACUCCGCUCAUGCUGGCCGCGAGAGAAGGCCAUGCAACCGUGUGCGAGCUCCUGAUCUCCCAUGGCGCCCGGUGCGACAUCCAGACCCCGCGGGGCGAGACUGCGCUCUCCCUCGCGCGGUCGGCUUUGGCCACCGCGGCGUUCAACAAGGCCGAGGACGUGAUCAUGGACGAGCUGGGCCGGCAGCUGGUGCUGGCGGGCGCGCGCGUCGUCAAGCACACCAAGGGCGGGCGCGGGAGGCCGCACGGCAAGUCGCUGCGGAUGGUCGCCGCCGCCGGCGUGCUCCGGUGGGGCGGGUCGAGCCGGCGCAACGUGAUGUGCGUGGAGGCCGAGGUCGGGGGCAGCUCGGCGUUCCAGCGGCACCGGCAGAGGAAGGGCCGCCGAGGGGACGACGCGUACGCGCCGGGGCUGUUCCGCGUGGUCACGGCGACGGGGAAGGAGGUGCACUUCGUGUGCCAGGGCGGGGAGGAGGCGGCGGAGCUGUGGGUGCGGGGCAUCAGGGCGCUCACUAGGGCGGUGUUCGGCAAGCGGGGGAACUAGGUAGCGGCAUGGCCUUCGCUCCGUGUAGGCUUUGGCUUUGGUAGCUUGCAGCAAGCGUGCCUGACGUGCCUGUAAAGAGUAGGGGACAUUAGAGCAGCGAGUUGAUGCGUGGAGUUUGGGGUGUGCUGGCCUUCUGCUCGAAGGCUUUGCCGGGUUGCCAUGAUGUUUUUGGUUCAGGGCCUGUAGUUUGUACAGCUUUGGUGUAUGUUUUUGGCCAAGUUGCUUUGGCUAUGCUUGUAGUUGGCUUUCACUCUCACUAUCUUCGAGAAGUUCGCCCUUUCAUCACGCCUAUGGCUCUA